AUCUUAUCAGUCAGCGCUUGCAAUUAGCAACAGUUGCUGACAGACUGCUGAAAUACGUUGAUCAUGUUGCGUGCAAAAACUCUAUUAAGGCCCUUCGCGAGGAGGCUUUCAAAUGUUUCCACCCAGGACCAAGAACAAUUGAAUCUUUUUAAUAAACUGGGAGGUGCAUGGUGGCACGAUCCUGGUUUGGACAGUCUGCGAAAUAUUAACAAGGUCAGGAUUCCUAUGUUCAGGGAUUUCGUUAUGCCGAUUCACGGGGACUGCAGGCAUGCAGGCACACAUCAAUCAUUGAAGGGGAUCAAGAUGUUGGAAGUUGGCUGUGGAGGUGGAUUUCUUAGUGAGGGUUUAGCUAAACUAGGCGCUGAUAUGACAGGCCUUGACACAGCAGCUGAUGCAAUUCAAGCAGCCAAAGACCACGCCACACUAGAUCCAAACCUAGCAAAAAAUCUAAAAUACGAUUCUGUCGCUGUGGAAGACUGGGCAAAAACUCAUGCUGAAAAAUAUGAUGUGGUAGUCUCCUCGGAAGUAAUUGAACAUGUCAACGUACCUGAAUAUUUCCUAAGUAAUUGUCUCGCGUGUCUUCGUCCUGGUGGUUCAAUGAUCUUGACCACUAUGUCUCAAACGUGGAUAGGCGGUUUUGUCAAUAUCUUCGUCAGUGAGAAUAUCACUGGUAUUAUCCCGAAAGGCGCGCACGAAUACUCAAAGUUUAUCCAUCCGAAGCAAAUGCAACAAUUACUACUUGCACAUAAGUGCUCGACGCUCGACGUUAAAGGCUUUUGGAUCAACAGCUACACGGCGGAGUCGCAGCUAUUGCCGGUAACUUGGUUUAACUAUGCCAUUCAUGCAGUAAAACAUUAAACAACAACUGCAACGAUGCCAAUCACACCGACGCCGCACUAGACCUCAUUAGAAGAACUUUAGUUGUUGGGUUUUUUUUUCUCUGAGCGCACGCAUCGAAAAAAUUAAUCAGUUCACAAACAAUCUGAGUGUAUAAUGUAUCAGCAGUAAACAAAUAUACUAGCCAGACAAUCAGUUGAUACUUA